AUGAAGUUAAUUCUUCAAUUAUUGUUUUUAUUAUCAAUAUGUCAAGGAUCUGAUUAUACAAAACUAGUUCAAUUUGCUAAUUUAGCUACUGUUUCAUAUUGUGUUACUAAAGGUUUAAAAAUUGGUUUAUUAGGAAAUAAAGAAACAAAUUGUGCAAUAAAAGCUUGUAAGAAUCAUUUUUUACAAAAUGUUGAAAUUGUCAAAAUAUUUGAUUUUAAUAGGUUAAAUGAAGUUGGUACGGGUUAUUAUGCGGUUGAUAAUACAAGGAAAACUAUAAUUUUAGUAUUUCGUGGUUCUGCUUCGACCAGAGAUUGGGUUACAAAUGUAAAUUUUACUCCAAUUACAUAUACUCCAAUUGUUUAUGAUGAAAAAUUUGAAGGUCAACCAUAUUAUUUAAAAAAAUGUAUAAAUUGCAAAGUUCAUCGUGGAUUUUAUAAUUUUUUAAAAGAUAAUUCUGGUGCUAUAAUUCAAGCUGGUAUAAAAUUAAAAUCUCAAUAUCCAGAUUAUCAAUUUUUAAUUAUUGGUCAUUCGUUAGGUGCUGCAUUAACUGUUAUGAGUGGUAUUGAAUUUCAAUUAUUGGGGUAUGAACCAUUAGUUGUUACAUUUGGAGGCCCAAGAGUUGGAAAUCAAGAAUUUGCUGAUUUUGCUGAUAAUAUAUUUGAUACAGAAGAAGUUACAAACACAAUACACGAAAAGAAAGAUUUUAAUCACGGGUUAAUUAGAGUUGUACAUGGUAAAGAUUUUAUACCUUAUUUACCACCAAUGUUUGUUCAUGCUGGAUUUGAAUAUAAUAUUGAUAAAAAAGAUUUACCCCAUUUAGAAGAAGAUUUAAAUAGGAAUUUGAAUGAAAAGAGAAGUUUCAAUCCAUCAAAUAUAAAACCAUCAAGUUUAUGGCCAAGUAGAUUAGGUAAAUAUGAACAUACACAUUAUUUUAGAAAAAUUACAAGUUGCAAAGGGUGA